GCAAAAAUGGCGGAAGGUGCAACAUCUUUGAAAGGGUUGCGGGCGCAAAUGGUCAAUGGCAGGCGCAUGCACCAACGAUGCGCACAGACGAGGACCGUGUCUACAAGUUGAGAAAAUCUGGCCAGAACUGGAUUAUGACGAAAUUUACGUCAAGCAUACUGUGCGCCGGAGUGAUCAGUAAUGCGUACACACGAAGUGUACUUUGGCCUUUACUCUACUGGUCCUUACACUGCAGCACAUGCCAGGCUCUGGGAACAAACAUCCCUUCAGAAAGCCUGACACUCAUAUUCAAUUUGUGGAUUUCCAAAUCUCACAGUGUACUAGAAGAUUAUCAGAAGAAGUUUAAUUUUUUUUUAACAUAUUCUCAUUGAGAAGAAACCAGUGGGUUUUGUCAGAUGUUGGAACAAUCCAGUAGAUUGUGCCAUGUGGUGCCCUCUCUUCAGCUAAUGCUGCGGCUGCACAGGCGCAGGCAGAGGAACGGCGCAGCCAGGCAGGGAACAGCCCAACACCUGCAGAUCCGGCCAGUACAACAAAGAGCCAGACCAGACCAGCGGUGCGUGAGUCCCAACUCCUGGCACGAGAGCGCAAGGCCCGGUUGCAGGUUGAGCGUCAGAUGGAGGAGAGACAGAAGAAGCUGGAGGAGCAGCGCAGGAAGGAGGAACAGAGGAGAGCGGCAGUGGAGGAGAAGCGGAAACAGAAAUUAGAGGAAGAAAAGGAGCACUAUGAGGCAGUGAUGAGGCGCACCCUGGAGCGAAGUCAUCGAGUAGAGCAGAGACAGAAGAGAUGGUCCUGGGGUGGACUUCCAGAUUCUGACAAUAAAAAUGGACAGAGUGAUAGCAGCUUCACCUCUUUCCCAAUUGCUAUAGUAGUCUCCCCUGCCUCUCCAGUCUCCAAGCCGCCCGGGAUUCAGACGUCACAAAGUGACAAGCAUUCUUCCUCUACAAUGAACCUGAAGCAGACUGACUCAGUAAUCAGCAACCGUCUCUCAUGCUCUUCCACCCUCCUUAAUUCUCCCGAUAAAAGUGCAAAGCGGAGAAGUUCGUCUUUGAACCGGUUGCCUAGCAAUGCUCCUCAGGCCUCUAAAGAAGCGCAUAAGCAGCAUCAGGUGGAAACGACAGGCCCAAACCUGAAGAAGCGAAGCUCCUCCCUCUCUCGAGUGGGGGCUAAAACCCAGACCCCCACCAAACCAGUGAAACCCACAGCAGACGAAUCAGCUCGCCGCUCCUUGGCCGCCCCCGUGGACAGCGGUGUCCUCAGCCGCCUGCUUACACCCACCCAGGCUUCACUAGCUAGGAGCAAGAGUGCCGUGGCCCUGUCAGCUGAAGGAGCCAAUGCCCAAGAGUCUCACCUGUGUCCUCGUUCAGCAUCUGCCAGCCCGUUGCAACCCCCGGUCCGCGAACCUCUACGCAGUCGCAGCAGUGAUCGAAAGAAAGGCCCGACUACUUCUACAUCUGCAGAUGACAUCGCCAGUGUGGCUCAGCAAAAAGGUGAGAAGGACAAACGUUUUGUGUCACCACUUGGAAAACGCCCUGCCUCACCCUCCAGUCGUCAUCGAUCGCCCUCUCCUGCCGCCACUGCUAACCCCAUCACAAGAGCGCCCUCACCUGGAGCAGCCAAGCAGAGUCCACGUUUUCAACCUCCUUCACCCAGCGGCUUGAAACAGAGGCCUCCAUCCCCUCAGCCCUCUGCCACAUCCAAACCUCCGCCCAUUCAGAAACCCGCUCUUACCCCCACCGUUCCCCCUACCCUCCGCAAGAGGGACUCCAAGCCAAAGGAAAUGUCUCCAAUGGUGCCUGUCACCCCACAGUCUCCAGACACCAGCACACCCAGCUCAGCACCUGCACCUAAGACCAAAGAGGAUUCCAGUUCAAAAUCCAUUGCAGGAACCAGCUCAGCCGCAGAGGCUUCAAAGAUCCUGGCAGAGAACCGACGUCUGGCACGUGAACAGAAAGAGAAAGAAGAACAGCUCCGCAUACAGAAAGAAGAGCAGGAGAGUGCCGAAGGCCCUCUGGUAUCGUGUCUCAACAGGCUGCGGAAAGAGGAGGAGAAGCGUCUUGCAGAGGAGAAGCGCUUGAUGCAAGUAGAGGAGGAGAAGAGACUUGUGGAGGAGAGGAAGAGAGAAGAGGAGGAGCAGGCUUGUAAAGCAGAGGAGGAGAGACAGCAAGCAGAGCUGGAGGAGCAGCAAAUACAGGCCGAGCUUCAGAAAGAGCGUGAGGAGGCUGAGGCGAAGGCCCUAGAGGAGGCAGAGAAGCAGCGUCUGGAGAGAGCACGCAUUUUGGAACAGAACCAACAGGAGCGCAUAGAGAGAAAGAAGAGAAUUGAAGAAAUUAUGAAGAGAACCAGAAAAACAGACCAAAUCGAUUUUAAGAGUAAUGAUGAGAGAGACAUUCCUGAUGAAAAUGGAGAGGAGGCUGAGGACCAAAUAAACUGUGAAAAUAAGGAGAACCAGGCUGUGGAGUCUGACCAAAGUGUUGAGGAAGCAGAGCCGUCAGACUCCCAGGAGCAUCACCUGCCUUUGGAGGAGCCAGUGACAGAGCGAGAGGAGCCAGUUGGUAGUGUGAAUGGAGAAACCGAUGUGGAUGAUAAGGAGAACAGCAAUGGACCCAGCACAGACGAUCCCUCAGUUGACAGCCCACCUCCCAAGUCCUGUCUGAUGGAGGGCUCAGAGUUUUUGAAUGAAGUCUCUAAGGUGGGCCUUGUGCCAGGAUUAAAUGGUAAAGGUGGACCCUGGAGCUUUGAGGAGCUGAUUGAUCUGGGUGUUCAUGCAAGAGGCAAACCCCUAAUGGCUGAUGGGGGCCCCGAGGGGCCCAGAGUGGCCUUUGAAGAGAAAACGAGUUCCCUCCAUCCAGCCCAGCCUAUUGAAGCUCUGUCUGAAAUGUGAAUGGGCAGGUCUAUUUAGGGCCUGCUGGAUAUUGCACUCCAUGAGUCUUAUCGAGUUGAGCCUCAGAGUCUUAGCAUUCAGACUCAUCUGGACAGCCAGAGGAACCCUCAGAAAGUGCACUGUGCCGCACAGUCUCUGCUCUUCAGAUAAUAGAUGGGUUAAGCAACAGAAAAUAAUUACAAAGAAAAACGAUAAAGAAAUGCUUCAGGGAAAACGUUAGAUUCCUUCAGUGUGCUUAUGUCUUUGUUUAGCAGUUCUGUCUUUUCACCUAUCACCUAGCAAUUCACCUAUGUUAAAUCUAUCUUCUCAUUAUUGUUGUUGUUUUUGUCUUUUAAACGUGGGGACAACUUUGUAAUUUAUUCAAAUGGCUGUUGUCUCCUGUCGGUUACUUUUGAAAGUACCAUGUGCACCUUUUUGCAAAAUUCUAGCCUCCAUUUCAUUCCAUUUCUUCAUGUUCGUUAUAACAUUGUCAUUGCUACAUUGAGCUUUAUAAAAUGAUCUGGUUAGUUAGUGAGUCAAGUUUGAUGGUAGGUCACUAAGAAUGGAAAGAGGAACCAGCUCACAUAUUUUCAGCUGACAUAGUGGUUCCAGUCAUACACAUACUUAUUAAAACCCGUGUCAGAAAUGCAAAAGGAGCUCAGGUAUGUAACCAAAUUGGAAUCUGUCUUAGAAGUAUGAGGUUUGACAAGAUGCUGGUGCGUAUUUUCCUCUUAUUUUUUUAUUUUUUUUCCAGCUCCAAACUUAUAAACACCAAUAUAGUGUUUAACACUGUAUCCUUACUGUAGCUGGGCAACAACUCUAGCUUUACUCUGUGUAGACCAUUGAGAAGCAUUCCUACUGUAUAACACUUUUAGAUAGCAAAUUCUGGUCAAGAGAUUUCAAUAAAAACAGAUUGAUCAUACUCCAAGCUAAAAAUCAGAUUGAGUGUAAACAUUCAUCUAUACAGCUUUAGGCUCAGAGAUUGAAGGAUGUAGGAGCUCAAAUGCAGACUGGCACAAUAACACUUGUUGCUUUGUGAGGUUUUUAUGUUGUAAGUUUCUGUUGUGUAGUAAAUACCUGUAUUGUUGAUAUCCUGUACAUAAGUAAAACUAGUUAUCAAAUUCUAAUUUAAGUGAACCCUCAAAGUAAAAUAACUUCUGAUGUCUCCAUGAAUCCAUGCUUGACUAUAUUGCAUAAUAUAACACAGAAUUACUGUAACCUCUUGCUUGCACACUUGACAAGGUUUCUGCAUGUUUCUGUUUUAUGUUCCCCAGGGGUUUGAACAAAUGGGUUCUUUUCUUGUAGCAAAACUUGAAUGAUUUAACGUGUUCUCAAAUGCCCAAAGUUCCCUCAGGGUCAUACUAAACUGUCAGAUCCUAAUGUGCAUGUAUUCACAGUUACUGUUUGUUUUAAUCAUCCAAGGUCUAAAUUCAACUCUUAUAUCCUUGUGCCCUUUAAAUCUAAUAUAUAUAUAUAUAUAUAUAUAUAUGCUAAAUUUGGUUCUCUUCGAAUAUGCAUAAAUAUAAAUAUUUAAAACUAUUUCCACAUAUUUAAGUAUUAUGGAAAUAAUCAGUAUUAGGCUAUUUGGCCAUUUUGUCUGGUUUGGAAUGAGAAGUAGGCAGCAGGUUUGGAUCAUCCUGUAUGUUACUGUACUUUAUAGUGUGGUCAAGGGAAUUCUAGCUCUGUACUACAAGAUGAAAUGCUGUUACUAAGAUUACUACACAGCAGAUUACAGCACUAGAUUGCGUUUGUUUUUGUAAACAGAAUUUGAAGUGACAUACGCAGGGCAGAAGAAUGUGGACUGAGGGUGCAAGCAAAGUCUAGAGGAGUUUUGGAUUAUGAAGCUGCUGUGAAAUUGACAGAUUAUUAGCAAUACUACAGAUAAGAAGCAUGUCACCUGGUUGAGGAUGGAAACUUGGGAAUUCAAAUGUACAUUUACAGUUCAUGGGUUUGAGAAGGUUCAAGUGAUUUAUUGGUAUGUGCCGGUGUUCUCCACACUAGACUGUAGAUGUGUGGCCAUUUGCAGUUGAGCAAUGUCCAGGCAGUUAUAAUAAAAGAUCGGUCUCCAUAUGCUUGAGGAGUCCAGUGGUAAAGACUUUGUGUACUGAGUUAAUGUUGAAGAGUUUACUUUAAAAUAUGUAAUAGGUUAUUAACUGAUUAUUUUUUAUCAUUCAAAGGCCACAGAGCUUACAGGAAGUUAAGUAUAAAAUUAGCUAAUUAGUAUCAUUCCAUCUGUGUAGGAAUAGAUCCAUCACUGUUUAUUUAAGUGUCUUUGAUGUAUUUUAUAUGCAGCUGCUUUCUGUGAAUAUUUUUAUUUUAUUUUUUAUCUUUGAUAUAUAUAGACACUUUCCAGGUUUGUUUUGACUCCAGCUCUUAGACCCCAUCUUAGUGAUGUCCACUAACAGGACCUGUAGAGAACUGUGUCCGGUAUACAUCGGAACUAAAACUGUUCUUUUAUCUCUAAGUACUUAAUACAGGUGUAGAAUAGGACGGUGCCUUAGAUGCAGAACGGGCUGUAUUUUAUUUUUAUAUAUUAAUACCUUAACGCGUCACAUGAGCUUACCUCGGCCAUGACAAUCACUCUACU